GGGGCUCGGGCGGCGUACCCGGCCAUGCUGGCUGCGUUUGUUUCUCUUGGACAGGCAUAUAAGGUUUGCCGCGUGUCCCGACAGGCCUGUCAACGAGGUCCCUGGUUCGUUCGGCCUAAGCCACCACCGUUUGUGUCAUGUCUUGGCACAGGGAGGGGGAAGUGCUUGCAGGCUGUGGAUGUGCCGUCGACGGAGGGGCAAAGGCCGCAGACGUGGUGGGCAGCUCUAUGGUCUCGUGGGUCCAGUCUUGAUCGUGGUUGGGGGCUGACACCCAUGCCUGAAGCGGGCCAUCUGCAGAGACUGCCGGAUCGAAGACGAUGAGGCAGGAUGGGACGCUCGCUUUGACGAGCUUCAAGAUAUUCUCUUGAUGCUGCCCAUUCGAUGUUGUGGUUGUCAGGUAGGCAUAAAUGGGUGUUUGUCAG